AUGCGACGCGUUUCGACCGGUACUGAUCAAUAUGAGCUAGUACCGGAGCCCGCGACGCUCGAACCGGACGCUGCGGCCGCGCCAGCCGUAGACGCAGCGCACCUCGUCACCCCGUUCGGCAUCGGCCCGUCUGCCCCUUCCGAGCUGUCGCCCGUGUUGGAGGAUGUCCCCUAUGACAGCAAGAAGCAUUCACGACUCGAUGGACAAGGCUACGAAGACGAGGACGGUGACGAGGACGAUGUCGAUGACUUGGAAGCCGCUUGGGCCCACGGCCGAAGCCGAAAGCCGUGGCGGACCCACGACUGGACGAAUCAUGUCGCAGCCGCAGUGCAACACUCCCCCCGGAGAGUGCUGCUCCUAACAUUCGCGGCCGGGAUGAUCGUCGCCUGGGCUACGUACACAACACUACAGUCGACCCGGCACCCAUCGUUGGCCAAAACGACCCCCCUUCAAAAGGACACCAAACCGGAAACAACGAAAGAAUCCACCGUCGACGCCCACGAGCUCACCUCGCCUCGCACAAACCUCGACCCCGAGUUUCAAGAUUAUACCCCGAAGGACUCGCCCUUCCUGUUCCAUCUAUAUGGAGAAGGUGGCGACAAAGAGACCAUCAUGCCUCCGUCAUGUCCCUUCCCCAUCAUCUACACCGACCAAGCCCAUAUCGCCGAAGCGAUCCUCUUCAACACCGACCGAGGGCAACGCCCGUCCAUGGACGAACGCCACCAGUGGAAAAAGACGAGGCCUUGGCAAAAACAUUACGUCACUGGUGCCGAGGCUGCGCCUCAAAGAUCGGCUUUGCAAGACUACUUCGAGCAGGUCUACCAAGGUUUACCGCCCGAGGAGCGCUAUGCCGAUGGAGAUAUGACCUGUCAGUCCCGGCGGGCUGUCUUUCUGUGGAGUUAUCCUCACUGAUGAUCAAUUGACUCCGAACGAUAGAUCGGCUAAAUGGAACGAUUCCGCAAACGUAUUCGUACGACUACAUGAACUAUUCGUUCCCGAUCGUGCCGUACGAGCAGAAGAACCAAGAGAAGCCGCUCCUCUCCUUCAUCUCGAAUUGUUACCCUCGCAACCAUCGAACCUUGGUGAGAUUGUCGUGGAAUUUUUGGAUAUUCUUCACGGUUGCUGAUCGGAUGAGACUUUUUGACCCUUGAUAGAUUCUUGACGAGCUGCUGGCCCUGAUGCCUGGACAGGUACGUCCUUCGCGGUCCAGCUUUCGACCAUCCGAUUGAGAGACUGAUCGAAACCACCUGUUCUGCAGAUCGACUCAUUCGGAAGGUGCCGAGGCAAUGGAAAUGCAAAGCAAAUGCUGAGUGACAUUGGGAGGCUCGAUGCAAUCGAUCAACCCGAGACGUGGUGGACUGUCAAGGUCAGUCAGUCGUCAUAAGACAUGAUGGCGAAUUCUCAUACUCAUCAAAUCAAAAUCGGCCCUUCCCCAGACCGCGGUGACGCAAUUCUACAAGUUCACCCUUGCGAUGGAGAACAGUAACGACCUCGACUACGUCAGCGAGAAAUACUUCCAAUGCCUCGAACGAGGUUCCGUGCCGAUCGUCUACGGCGCGCCGCAUUUCGCCGAACGCUUCUCCAUCGCCCCGAAUAGCUUCAUCAACGUCGCCGACUACGUCACGCCGGAUCUGUUGGAGAUGUCCACGACGGCUUCGUCACCUGGCGAAUCGCUCAGUCAGGAGAACAAGGACGGGAUCAAGCGAAUGGUCGAGAGGAUUCGGUAUCUAUCCUCACCCGAGGGGAGGACGGAGUACGACGCCAUGUUGGCUUGGAGGAAGGACGACAGUUGGAAGGAGAAUUCGCCGAUGGGCAAGAUUUGGAAGAUGAGUCAUCGCAAGCUUCAUAUUCACUGUAUGGUUGCUGGCUCAGCGAGGGGUUAUGACUGGGCCAAAUCGACGUGGACACCGGGGCCAACGCCAGAGACGUUGCAGACCCUCGAGGCUAAGAAGAAGUCGAGGAGGUGGAAAGCGGUGAUUGCUAAAGAUGAAUGA